UACUCUCCCACUUUCAUAAAAUAUAAGAUACUAUAGUAUAAUCAAUGGCGGUGGAAAUCACCUGAUCAACACCAAACUAUUACCAAACAAUAGCUUCACAUUCUCCCUCACAAUGCUGCUUCCAUCUCUCAUCCUAAUAUCACUCUUAUUUAUUACCUCUGUUAAAACCGCGCCCGGUCCCGGUCCCGGGCCCGCGCCAGCACUCGCCCUGGGGGGUGAGUGGCGCCUUCUGCACGAGAGCAUCGGCAUUUCAGCCAUGCACAUGCAGCUUCUCAAGAACAACAAAGUCGUCAUGUUCGACCGGACCGACUUCGGCCCCUCCAACAUCUCCCUCCCGAACGGCAGGUGCCGGGACGACCCCAACGACAAGGUCCUCACAACCGACUGCACCGCGCACUCCAUCCUCUACGACGUCCAUUCGAAUUCAUUCCGCGCCUUGACCGUCCAGACCGACACGUGGUGCUCGUCGGGCGCGGUCCUAGCUAACGGAACGCUAGUCCAGACCGGCGGAUUCAACGACGGCGACCACGCGGUUCGCACGAUAGCCGCAUGCCGCGGCGAGAGCUCCUGCGACUGGGCGGAGUUCCCCCACGCGCUGAGCGAGCGUCGCUGGUACGCGUCGAACCAGAUCCUCCCCGACGGUCGCAUCAUCAUCGUCGGCGGCAGAGCGCAGUACAACUAUGAGUUCUACCCUGGCGAUUCGAGAUCGAUUAAAUUAGAUUUUCUCCGGCAAACGAAAGAUGGCUACGAGAACAAUCUGUAUCCGUUUCUGCACUUGCUUCCAGAUGGAAACCUCUUCAUCUUCGCCAACAGGCAAUCGAUCGUUUUGGAUUACAAGCAGGAUCGCGUGGUGAGGCAGUUUCCCGCCAUCACUGGCGGAGAUUCUAGAAACUACCCGAGCUCGGGAUCGUCUGUUUUGUUGCCGGUGGAUGAGAAUAUCACUCCGGUGGCGGCGGAGGUCAUGAUCUGCGGCGGCUCGUCGCACAACGCGUUUCAGCUGGCAGCAAAGGGGACGUUCCUCCGCGCUGCCACCACGUGUGGCCGUCUCAGGGUGACUGACGACCAGCCGGUUUGGGAGAUGGAGAAGAUGCCGAGCGCGCGCGUGAUGAGCGACAUGCUUCUCCUCCCCAACGGCGACGUGAUCAUAAUCAACGGCGCGAGAUCGGGCACAGCAGGGUGGGAAGCCGGGAGGAAUCCGGUCACGACUCCGCACAUCUACAAACCCAAGGCUCCCACCGGUAAAAGAUUCGCAUCUGCAGCCGCGUCACCGCGACCACGGAUGUACCACUCAACUGCGAUCCUCCUUGCCGACGGGAGGGUCCUGGUCGGCGGCAGCAAUCCUCACAUAUACUACAACUUCACCGGCGUCGACUUCCCGACGGAUCUGAGCCUGGAGGCGUUCUCGCCGCCGUACCUGUCGCCGGAGUUGGAUCCGCUGAGGCCGCGGAUCGUGAGAGUGAGCGGCACGGUGGGAUACAACGCGUCGUUCCAGGUGACGUUCAGGGUGGCGGAGUUUUUGGAGGCAGAAGCAGUGUCGGUGAGGUUAAUUGCCCCGCCGUUCAACACGCACUCGUUCUCGAUGAGUCAGAGGAUGGUGGUGUUGAGGGGGGCUGCGGUGUGGUGCUUGGGAUUGGAGACAUAUGCGGUUGCGGCGUUGGGGCCGACGACGCCAGAGAUCGCGCCGCCGGGGCAUUACGUGUUGUUCGUAGUGCAUGCUCGAGUUCCAAGCUCUGGGAUGUGGGUUCAGAUUCAAUGAUAUGUAUAUGUAUACUAAUUUGAUUUGAAAAUAUAUAUACAAAUUCAACAAUUUAUAUGCAUCAGAAAUUUAAGGCCAAAUAAUUGAGGAAAAUUUCCAUAUAUUAGGUAUAUUUAGUUUCCAUAUAAUUAUAAUACAUGAGUAUUUGGCUGUGGAACCACGUGGGGGAUAGUGGCGACUACUGUCAACCAAAAUGAGCGGCGGUAACGAGGAGGACGCUAGAGGGAGGUGUGAUAACGCUACUCGCUGGAGAAAGUAGUUGAAUUGAAUUUUUAGAGAUUCAUAAUUUGAAAUUGGGGAUGUUAUAGAUGAUUUGAUGACGAACCAAGAGUCGAAUGUUGGUGGUCUGGUAGAGGAUGGCGGAGAGGACGCGAGCCUGUCGGUGGGUUUUGAAAACAAAAUUAUUUAUUUUAAUAAUAUGUUGUCGUUUUAAAUAUAUCACAAUAUAAUGUCGUUUUGUUCA